ACGCACUGUUAGUGUGGUCUCAAUCAUGCUGGAGGGCAGGAGGUACCUCUGAAGCCUCCCAUCAGGCUUGAGUUUCUCUCGGAUCUUUGAGCAGGUUCUGGAUAUAGCUGGAUCACUACUAAAGAUGAUACUACUCUUGUGCUGCUGUGGUUUGAUACUUUCAUAGGAUUUAUAAGCUUGAACUGAGCUUCUGCAGCUACCAACUUUUUCCACAGUUCAGCUUUGCGAAAACUCUUUGUGUGUCACCUGUAAAGUGAUUCAAGUAAAGUACCCGGUUUAAAUGCGAAGCAUUGGUGGAAUAUGGGACAUUUGGUUGUUCAAGUGGAUAUGCCAUGGAUUCUCUGUUCACUACUCCUUGUUAUUAUGAUAAUUGCUGGUAAAGUUUCCCCUACCAGUUCCGAUGCCCUCUUCAGUGCCCCUGUUCCUAGUGCCACCUCCAGCCCACCAGAAAUGUACCUCCCUGCCAACUUUAAGCUCUCCAACACACAGCUAGCCUUCUUUCUUAAAGAGACCCGAGGACCAACAUAUGGCAGCCCACGUGGCCACCCUCUUCAGCAUUCAGAGAGCUUUGUGGUCUUCCAGACCAAGGAGCUUCCUGCUGUCAACAUCUCACUUGGGCCAUUCACCCAAGACCAGAUGCUCUCCAAGGACCUACUACAGCCAUCAAGUUCUUUGGACAUUCCUGGAAGACUGACAGUCAACUGGAAGGUCCGGGCCUUUAUUGUGCAUUCUAGGGUUUUUGCUAGCAACCCGUUGGUUCAGGUGCUGUUCUAUAUCGCAGGGCGGGAUUGGGAUGACUUCAAGAUUCAGGACAAGCUUCCAUGCGUGAGGCUGCAUGCUUUUAGAGAUGUUCGGGACAUCAAAACGUCCUGCAGACUUCAAGGGAAUCUGGCACAGUGCUUGGCCCAACUGGAUCUCCCUGCCACAUGGUUUAAUGUUAACGUUGCACCUUUAGGUCGCAGAAAGUCCUCAGGGACAAAUGGGCUUGAGUUGAGUGGAGAGACCCUUCAAGUGGAGCUUUAUUAUACCCUCCAUGAUCCAGACAGCAAUGAUGAGUGCGGAGAGAGCUACCCCCAUCGAGGUGGGGCGUCUAGAGGGGAGGGAUCAUCCCAACAACCCCUUCUUCGUAUUGGCAGCAUCAGUUUGUACCAGGCAAGUCAGGAACAACUGGUGGUGGACAAACAGCUUGACAAGAACCUCUUCCUGAGGCUUCCAGAGAAGCCAUUAAAACCAGGAGAGACCCUCAACAUCCUUCUGUUCUUGGUCCCAAAUUCUACUGUGGAGCAGUUCACACUCAAGGUGAAGGCAAAGAAAGGGGUGAACCUCCUCAGCACGAAGUCUAAGAGUAACCAGUGGAAGGUCGAAUGGGAUGUGCAGUCUGGAGCCAAACACUCCAUUGCCACCGUGGAAGCCAGCAAGAUUAAAGGAGUCCUUGGGUAUAUGGCUGCCAGUAUUGAAAUCAUGCAGCUGGACUUUGAGAUGGAGAACUUCACCAGCCAAUCAGUCACCAGAAGAAUCAACUGGAACAUUGAUUACCGGGGACAAACUCCAGCCUCGGACACAGAGAAGGUUGUAACAGAGCUGACGGUUGUACAAAAGGAAAUCCAAGCCAUCAUUCCACUUUCAAUGGAUACUGAGAUUAUCAACACAGCGGUUCUUACUGGCCGAACAGUGGCCAUCCCGGUCAAGGUGGUUUCCAUAGAGAUGAAUGGAGCAGUCACCGAUGUCUCAUCCUCUGUGCAGUGCAAGUCAUUCAAUGAGGACAUUGUCAAGGUGUCCAUGAACUGCGACUAUGUGUUUGUGAAUGGAAAAGAGACGCGUGGCUCCAUGAAUGCCAGAGUGAUUUUCAGCUACGAGCACCUGAGUGCUCCUCUUGAGCUCACCGUCUGGGUGCCCAAACUGCCCCUUAAAGUGGAACUCUCAGACAACAGACUCAGCUUCAUCAAGGGCUGGAGGGUGCCCAUCUUACCCGACCGCAGAACGGCCAGAGACAGUGAUGAUGAUGAUGAAGAUGAACGUAAAGUGAGCCGUGGAUGUACGCUGCAGUACCAGAGAGCCCAGGUGAAGGUUCUGACCCAGUUCCACACGACGUCUACUGAAGGCACAAACCAGAUGAUCACUAUGCUGGGCCCUGACUGGCAGGUGGAUGUGACGGAGCUGGUGCAGGACUCUCUGAAGGUGGUGGAUGCCAGGGUGGCCGAGCUGGUGGACAGGACUGUGCUAAUGGCAAAUGAGCUUGGAUCAUCCUCUCUCAAGGUUGAAUCCCCACUUGCAGUGGAGGCGGUGUUGGGUGAGACGCAGUUCUCUGUGGUAGAUGAGAAAGUGUCCAUAAUGGAGCUACAUGUUCAUGCCAUCUCAGGACUGGCACUUAAUCUUCAACCAAGCCCAGGCAACAGCCAUACUAUGGUUGCCAAGGCAACUGGCCUGCAGACUCUCUCUGCUCUUAAGCAGGAGGCUAGUUUGUCCAUCUGGGUUUACUACAGUGACAACACCGCUGCCCCCCUGAGCAUGUACGACCCUAAAGACUACAACCUCAAUGCCUCCACAGUGGAUGACAAGGUGGUUACAAUAGCUCAACAACCCCAACAGCGUUGGCCGGUCAUUGUUGCAGAAGGUGAGGGCUCUGGAGACAUAGUGCAUGUGGAGAUGACCAUCUGCGAAACCUGCCAGAAGACUAAACGCAAGAGCGUCAUUGCAUCCUCACCUGUGUUUGUCAAGGUCCGCUUUGGACCAGAUGAAGAUUCUGAGGAGGAAGUGGAUACAGAGGCUGAAAUAAACACCAGAAUGCCUACCAACACGAGACGGCCUGCUAUUGAUCCCAAUGUAGGUGGUGCAGGAUAUGAGCCAUCUGAUGAGCAGCCAGCAAGCGUGCCUGUCGAUUACACCAACUUCCCUACAAUCAUUGAUGAGGAACCAACUGAAGAGGAUGACGAGGAAGAUGAGUUUGUGCAUAGUCCUCGAAGUAUGACUGACCUAGAGAUCGGCAUGUAUGCUCUUCUUGGUGUGUUUUGUCUCGCCAUACUUGUCUUUCUUAUCAACUGCAUUGUGUUUGUGUUAAAGUAUCGCCAUAAGCGUAUCCCACCCGAAGGCCAACCAAACAUGGACCAUUCCCACCACUGGGUGUUCUUGGGUAACGGGGAACCCUUGCGCACUCAGAGCGAUCUCUCGCCCCAAACAGUGGAGAGUCCCAGCAACACCUUGGAAGGGGUACAGACUUGUUGUCAUGGGGAUCACCACAGCAGUGGCAGCUCCCAGACCAGUGUGCAAAGCCAGGUCCAUGGACGAGGAGAUGGCAGCUCCGGUGGUUCCACCAAGGACCACGGAGAAGAAGCCAGCUCACCAACCUCCAAGCGCAAGCGUGUCAAGUUCACCACUUUUACCCUUCCCACGGAGGAGUUACCCUACAACUCCAUUCCCAUUGCCAAUGAGGAAGACAUUCAGUGGGUAUGCCAAGACAUGGGCUUCCAGGACCCCGAGGAAUUGCACGACUACAUGCGCAGGAUAAAGGAAAUAGCCUGAUUGGGCAAAGCACUUUCUAAAGAUGUUCGUUUAUAUUUUUCUCUCUUAAUUUUCACUCUAGAUGAGGUACCUUUCACAAGAAAAAACAACCAAGGCCUAGUGUCCAGUUUUGUUGGGGUUUCUGCACAGUGCUGUUUCUCUUACACGUUUGUUGUACAAACUUGUACACUAGUUUGAACAAAAACUGUUCAUAACACUGACUGGAAAGCCAAAAACAAGAAGUAGGGAUUUUUUAAUCUCUUGCAAAAUGGCUUUAGCAGUGUGUCUGAUUGCUGCUCAAUUGAAAGUUGAGUGUACAAUCUUUAAUGGAAAAGUUUAGGUUUUGAGCACUAAUAUCAAAAUGGAUUCCUAAAAUCACUCAAUCAUUCUUGUGGCAUGGAUGGGUGGGUCACCCUGUUGUGGACAGGAUCUUUCUCAGAGGAAUGUCUGGAGUCUUGGCACUGUGUCCAUUCGUCUUCAUCUUCUUUUAAUUCAACAGAUUCUUCUCCAACAAAGAGGCCUUUGAAGAGCAGAUUCUAAUUUUGUCCCAGAUUUGUGUUUGAGAUGGAUCAAUUUAAUGCCAUCUUUGAUAAACCUGACACUUAGCCACAGCAAUUGCCAUGAACGUUCAUAAGAACAUGCCAUGGAUUCUUUCUGUCAGUGUUGGAAAAGUUGAAUGGUUUUAUUCCACCCCCUCGCCCUCCCUUUCUUUUAGUGUUAUCUUGGUCCAACACAUGCCUUGGUUGUUGAAUUAGUUCUUCAUCUUUCUUCAGUAUUUCAUACUCAUUCUAAAUCUGGAUGAUGCCCUCUUUGGUUCUUUCACUGUCUUGGUUAAGUCAAAUACCAUAGUAAACAGAUUACAGUAGUCACAACCUCUCUCUGUGCUUAUACCACGUUAUUAUUAUUUUUUUUUCACAUUGGUAAGGCCAAAGUUGGUCAACUCUAUGGACGUCUGUAUAUGAAUUCAAUGUGUGUCAGCUCGGCAGAAUGCAGGAGCUUGUACAUUGUGGAGUUAGAUAUCUUCUCCAACAUUCCUCUGCAUGAAUGGAGACUUGGAGGCACAAUUAGCUCUAUUUUGUUUUCUUUUUUUUACUUUGUAUAUGUUUGUAUUGAGAAUUAUCUAAUCAUACAUAAACAAUACUAGAGGACAUAUCAUGUUACCAUGCAUUAAAUGCAUGUGCCAGAACUACCCUUCAGUGCUCACCCUCCUGUGUACAUACCAUGUUCAGUAUAUAAUGACUGCUGAAGCUUACCUCUCAAUUACUCAGUAUGCCUGAGGAACAGGGAAGGAAGAUGCUGUAUAGGGACUCAGAUACUUGAACUUCUGUAAGGCUGUCUUUCUCUUUUUCUGUCUCUUUAAUGGUCUCACCAUUAACUCCCACCCAAGUGGUUAUAAAGUAAAGAUCUUUUGUAAGGACAAAAUGCUAUGCAAACACAUGGAGGGGUUGAUUUUUGUGGGUAUUUAGUAAGUCCACCCCAAAUACAUCCAAAGCACCACAAUUACAUUUGAUACAUAAUAUCCCAAUAAAUAUCUCAAAAUUAGUUGUAACAUGCCACAAUGUAAAUUGAUGGUGUUGGGAUUAGUAGUUUUGUGUGUUUGUUAAGGCCGAAGUUUACUUCGGUUCAAUGCUUGCCGAUGUACGUCACGGGUGAUGCAAAUUUCGUCAUCAGCACAGUAUGUGAGAACUGUCCGUGCGCAGCAUGGUUUUUCUGAAUACCUGAACGGUCUUUUGAAUGGGCUCGCGGUCAAAAGAGUGUACUUUGAAAGGCUGAGCCCUCGACAAUGUGCUAAACCUAACAACACGUGACAAAACUACGUUUUUUUAUGUUGAAGCUUGCUUAUUUAAAAAACAAAGCUAUGAAAUGUUCAUUAGCACAUUAGAUCAAUACAACCCCAAUUUUUUUUACAUUUACAAGUUUACAAAAGGUUGAGCUGGUAAUGGUUCUGGAAGCUUUUUUUUUGUGAUGGGGCACAAUUAGAAUAUACAGUAUAUAUAUAUAUAUAUAUAUAUAUAUAUAUAUAUAUAUAUAUAUAUAUUGCUGCUGACCUAUCACAGGUUAGUUUCAGGGUUAAAGUUUCUCCAGUUUCUUCACAACGUCUAAAGUCACACACACUGUUUUAAAAUGCUUAAUUUCCCACUGUGUUUAUGUGUAACAUACAGGAUUAACCCUUUGUUUUCAUUAGAUUUAUUUGUCAUUUUCCUGUAACCAGGAGGGAACAUUAGUUUUUUUUUUUUUUUUUUUUUGUAUAAUUAUAAUUUUUCAUUUUAUUUUUUACUUUAACCCCUAAUUUAAUCAAGGGUCCUUUGCAAUCUAGAUAAGACUGACACACCUUCACCAUCCUUCAAUUAUUUGUAGCCCCAUCCACCUUUUUAUCAAAGGAUUCUGAGUAAAAUGAAACGGUAACUGAAUAUGUGUAAACAUGUCAAGGUGUAGAGUUUUGAUUGACAGUUGGAGUGCUGCCUGAGUGACAUUGUCAAAUUUGGUAGCUCAGAACUGAAUGUAAACUUUUCAUCUGUACCUUGACGAUUAAAAUGAACAUUAUUUAAAAUGUAUUAUUACUGUAAGGUCUUCAAAUGGGGUACAACGGAUCUGUAAGACUAUUUGCAAGUUUCUGGUAGCAGCUCAUAGACUUUUUUCUUUCUUUUCUAAGAUUAUAAUGCUACUCAUGUCAUCAAGUAAUUAUUCAGUUGUAACUUCACUUUCAGGACUUCUUCCUUGUUUCAUAUUGUUUAAUAGUUUCUUUAGAUUGUGUAUGUAUAUAAACAGCAGUUGCAAUAUCUGCGCUCUCAUUUUUCUUUUAGAAGAGGAGCUGCUACUAGGCAUUUGCCUUGACCACAUGCUGUGUUGUGGUUUAGAGAAUUGAAUUGUUAGUCUGUGACCUGCUGAAGCACGAUAUUGUCAGCCAUGUGCUGUCACACCCUUAAUGUACAGAGCACUGUUACAACUUCCCGUAUUUUCCUGAAAAAAUACCUGUUGUAUUUCCCUCCUUAUAUGUAAGAACUAAAGAAAAUA